UCUCAUUUCACAACUAUGCUGGGCAACUUCAACACCAGAGACCUUUUCAACCACUUCUUCUGUGAAACGGCCAAGGGGAACCCAGGCCUGUGGUGUCCUGGGACUCGGUGUCAGCAGACGACAGUGGACGGGCCACGAUGUGAGAGCGGCGAUGAGCGAGCCAUGGUGAACACCCCUCCCAUGUCGCCUCACUCCCCGCAGACAGACCUGAGAGACCGCUCGCCUUCGCCGCACUCUGGCCCCACUACCGCCUGCAGCAAUGGAUCUGCAUGGACCGAUGACGCCGGCCUCGACAACCCUGCAUUUGAAGAAAGCAAUGAAGAAGACAGUGUGGCGGGGUUGGAGUGUGUGGUCCCUAGGGUGAAGCGGCCCCUCAGUAACCCCUGCAUCCAUCUCCUCCGUUCUGUCAGCUCCACCUCCUCUGGCUGGGAUUGCCCUGAGUCUCCACCUCUGUCUGCAGAGGAAGGGUGCGUGAAGUUACCCUCCCUUCCAGAAGGAGAGAUAACGACCAUAGAGGUCCACAGAGCCAACCCCUACGUUGAGCUGGGAAUCAGCAUCGUUGGCGGAAAUGAGACACCUCUCAUCAACAUAGUGAUUCAGGAGGUGUACCGAGACGGGGUCAUUGCACGAGACGGGAGACUGCUGGCUGGAGAUCAAAUACUGCAGGUGAACAAUGUGGACAUCAGCAACUUCCCACACAGUUUUGCCCGCUCCACCCUGGCGCGGCCCUGCACGACCCUUCAGCUAACCGUGCUGAGGGAGCGCCGCUGUGCUUCCAGGGCUCCUCCCUCCUCCUCCUCUUCAUCUUCCACCACCCCGGCUGUGCCCCACGCCCCCUGCUCCACGCCCGAGGGCGCCCCCUCCAGUCCCGCCACCCUAAGAAUCACGCUUCUCAAGCGAGACUCCACAGAACAGCUCGGCAUAAAGCUGGUCCGUCGAACGGACGAAUCAGGGGUGUUUGUGUUGGACCUCUUGGAAGGAGGUCUGGCCGCGAAGGAUGGCAGACUGCGGAGCAACGACAGAGUGCUGGCUGUCAACGAUCAGGACCUUUGCAAUGGCACGCCUGAACAGGCCGCUCAGAUCAUUCAGGCAAGCGGAGAGAGAGUCCACCUCCUGAUUGGCCGACCCAACAAACCAACUCCACCCCCACCGCCAAAAUCAAGCUCAACCAGAGACCUGUACUGCCUUGAUCACUUCCUGCCAAAUUACAGCUCUACUCCAAGCCCUGUGCCCGUACACCUGUCCCGCACCAGCACUCACAGAGAUCUGUCCCAGUGUGUGACGUGUAAAGAGAAACACAUCACUGUGAAGAAGGAACCCCUCGAGUCCCUGGGCAUGACCGUGGCAGGAGGCCGGGGCAGCAAGAGCGGGGAGCUGCCGAUCUUCGUGACAAGCGUUCAGCCACAUGGCUGCUUGUCCCGGGAUGGACGAAUUAAAAGAGGUGAUGUCCUGCUAAGCAUCAACGGUCAGGACCUGACAUACCUGAGCCACAGCGAGGCUGUCGGGACGCUGAAGGCCAGCGCUGCCUCACCCUCGGUGCAGCUGAAAGUGCUAGAGGUCAGCAUGGUGGAGGAGCACGAACAUGACGAGUUGCUGCCUCAUGGCCACGACAGCGACUUUGAUGCAAACUGGUCUCCCUCGUGGGUCAUGUGGCUGGGCCUGCCUAGCUACCUGCACAGUAGCCAUGAGAUCGUGUUGCGGAGGAGCCAUCCCGGGAGCUGGGGCUUCAGCAUCGUUGGGGGCUACGAGGAAAGCCAUGGCAACCAGGCAUUUUUCAUCAAGACUAUCGUCCUUGGCACGCCUGCAUACUACGAUGGCCGCCUUAAGUGUGGAGACAUGAUAGUGGCAGUAAACGGCCUGUCCACAGCAGGAAUGAGCCACUCAGCUCUGGUGCCGAUGUUAAAGGAGCAGCGCAGCCGGGUGGCGCUGACCGUGGUGUCCUGGCCCGGCAGCCUGGUGUAACCAGGACAAAAGUCAGCGGGCUUCACCCAGAAUGUUCUAAAUCAGGAACAACCUCGGCCAAAGUGAACUACUGUACAUCGCUCCAUACCGGGCUUAAUCCAGGACCAAACGCAUCCAGGACUGUUGUAGACCCAGCAGGACCAAGCGGGGGGGCUGGGGAGGGGGGAACUGAUCCAGAUUGUGCCACGUCACUCGACAGGCUGCACUCCUAAACAGACACUGCUGUGUUUCAUAUGGUCAUGUUGUCUUCACUCCCGCAGGGAGAGCCGUGCUGCAACUGUUAACAUGCAGUCUGUGCUGUAUUCACCUCACUGAGCAGUGGUAGAACCUCAGGGUUUUAUUCAGGUGGAGGCAUCGUUGCAAGUCCGGAAUGUUUCAGAUGAACGUGAGCUGAUCCUCUGCCAUCCUAGAUGAAAAAAUAAAUAAAUGAAAUAAAAAAAACACAAAUCCCCUUCAUCAAGUUGUUCUGCUGCACCAACGAUGUUUCCAUCUGAAUGAGCCCAAGGCCUUAUUAGAAACCUGCCGCAUCCUGAGGGAGGUCAGCCCUCAGGUAUCAUCACCAUACAACCAGCUGACCUUUUAUACAUGUGUGAAUGUGUGUUUUGUUUAAUAAACAUUUCCUUUUAAGGA